GCAGCAGCAGCCGCAGCAGCAGCAGCAGCAGCAGCAGCAGCACCAUUUAGAAUCGAGAGAUGCGCUCGCCGCGAUGGGUGAACCCGCGCUGUGUUAUUAUGCCACGACGACGCGUUCCUUGUUCUCAUCAUCAUCAUCGUCAUCCUCAUCAUCAUCAUCAUCUUCCGUGGCCACGUGCUGCAGAGACCUCCGCCGCCGUCGUUGAUGUGACGCUUAAUCGUGACCCACUACUGUGCAACAACAACAUUUUGCGGUUGUUCGUAGUUUCGUAGCGCACGCGCCGUGUUCGUCCGAAGAGCACCGAAGCAUCAGUACCAAUCAUCCCUGCGUGGAUUCGCCGCGAGGUACUAGAGAGCGGGGGAACGGCGCCGCUAGGAAGUUACGACUGUACUACCGUGAUAAAAAACACACACACUGGGAGUAACGAUUGAAUGCGUGCAGCGUUAAACAGCAGUAUGCGAUCGUGCGGCCUCGCAAACUCGACGUGGACUCGUAGUGAGAAGGUGAUACGUAUCUCGUUGUCUUAAUAUUUCCUCCUCGCGGUAAGGACGAGAGGAGGCUGAAGAAUGUGCUAUUGAUGAGGAGACGGCGACGAAAGGACUAUGUCAAGACAAACCUGUUGUGCUGGCAUCGUUUUCACGAUCUGUGUACUGCUGCAAAGGGGACGAAUGUCAUGGAGUCAGCUACAGCCGAGAAGGGCAUACGACACACGAGUGAAUGUUACCGCUGUGAUAGAAGAACUUCUGACUGGCUACGAUAACCGACUACGACCAAACUUCGGAGGUCCGCAUUUGCCCGUUGAUAUGGAAGUAGAAAUAGCGUCAUUUGACACGAUAUCCGAAGUCAAUAUGGACUACACGCUGACGCUGUACCUGACGCAAUAUUGGGUGGAUUCUCGUCUGCGAUACGAAGACUUCUACGACGCUCCGGGCGACUUCAUGACGCUUCCUGGAGACUUCGCCGAACGCAUCUGGGUGCCAGACACAUUCUUUGCGAACGACAAGAACUCAUUUCUGCACGAGGUAACGGAGCAAAACAAGCGCGUACGACUCUACGGCAAUGGAUCCAUCGAAUACGGAAUGAGGUUCACGACUACAUUGGCGUGCAUGAUGGAUCUACACAACUAUCCGCUCGACACGCAGAACUGUACGGUGGAAAUCGAAAGCUAUGGCUACACGAUGAGCGAUGUGGAAAUAUUUUGGAAACGCAAGAAGGACUCGGUCAAGGGCGUAAUGAACGUUAAGCUACCGCAGUUCGACAUAAUGGCAUUUGACACACAAGUGACCAUAGAGAGCUUAUCAACAGGAGACUACAAACGGCUAUCGUUGAGCUUCAAAAUGGCGCGAAACAUCGGCUAUUUCAUCUUCCAAACCUAUCUUCCGUCGAUCCUCAUCGUCAUGCUCUCAUGGGUUUCGUUCUGGAUCAACCACGAAGCGACUUCGGCAAGAGUUGCUCUCGGUAUAACGACAGUGUUGACGAUGACUACGAUCAGCACGGGCGUGCGAUCGUCGCUGCCUCGCAUCUCCUACGUCAAGGCGAUCGACAUCUACCUGGUCAUGUGCUUCGUGUUCGUCUUCGCUGCACUGCUAGAGUACGCCGCCGUUAACUACACGUACUGGGGCGCGAGAGCGAAGAAGAAGGCGAAGAAGUACAAGGAGAAUCACACGCCCGUGAAGUCGCCAGAGACCGUGUUCUCGAACGAAGGCGAGACGGACGAACUCCGCAUGUCACCUAUUCUCAGCCUGCGAAAUCGACAAAAUAAGUACUCUGAUGCAGACCGAAUGACCCCUGCUUUUCGAAUGACGAGCCCGGGUCAUCGCUAUGGUUACGUCGGUCGACCGAAUCAGAAGCGACCUCAGCAACGUCGGAAAGUUCUCCAGAAUUUGAAGAGCAGAGCGAGGCAAAUAAGGAUGGCACUUCCAAAAAUAAGGGACGUGAAUAUCAUCGACAAGUACUCGCGGCUUGUGUUCCCGACGGCGUUCAUUAUCUUCAACGCCAUCUACUGGUGCUAUUACUUGUUCAUAUGACAAUGGACGCUGGGAGAGACAGACGUGUGUGCGUGCGUGCGUGCGUGUGCGUGUGUAUGUGUGUGUACUAAGCGCGUUAAACGUCACGACAAGUUACGCACUUUUACCGUACGCCUAGAAAAUGACGUUUUUUUGUAAUAAUUCACUACGGGAUAACUCGUUCGAUCGCUAUCUUCGCCCGCGUAUGCAUUAAGUGAUAGGGAGCAACUAGAAAUAUGAAGGAAUCGAUAUACCACAAGUACGAGGAAAGUCAACGAAGGUCAACCAAUGACUUGUACGAUGUGUGAAUUAUCACGUCGCCGCGGUUUUUAAUUUCAAAGCGAGCGAUUUACUUGCGACAUAUUUACUAAAUUUGCAGUUUAAUAAUGAACAACUUAUCGUUGUAUACAUAAAUAGCAAUUAAUUUCGCAUGCAAUCAAGCUACUGUGUUUUGUGAUACGCCGCGGUGUUGAUCAGGUACGACGAGAAAUUACUAUCAGAUUUCUGCUAGGCGCGAAUUACUGUUGAAAUGCUGGCAGAUAAUUGCUAACACCUUCAAGUUUGAAAAUGAUGUCAAUUAGAAGGCGAGACAGCGACCGCUACCGCGCCAGAAUCUUGCCAAAGGACGAUGUAAAUAAAUCAAGUUGAACCCGAGAUUUAAUUUUCAUUAAAUCCGUUUAUGUUUUCUACGGGUGAUUUACGGCGUGGGGAAACGUGCGCGCAAGCUCACACUCGAAACGAACGUGCCUCACGCUACGAUAAUGCGUGGUUAUCGAAUGCAUUUUUGUGCAUAUUUGCGAUAAAUGGACUGCCUAUAUUCAACAUGUAAAAGAUCGAUACACAUGCUGUAUAGGCUGUUAACCAUUUUUUGCGUUCACUUCAAAGCGGGCGGGUAUACUACUAAAUCUAGUUGACGCUACGUUAAUGCUGACUGGAAAAGGGGGGAACUCUGACAGGAUGGAAGUAAUGCGUUGGUUGCGUGCGCGAUCAAAAUGUAAUAGGCGUGAAAGGCGCCGGCGUUAAAUAUUUGCUACUUCUUUGUUACUCGUGUUCCUUUGUGUUGAGGAUUACUGGUAUGUGCCGUCGCACUCGUAAUGACUGGGCGAAUGACGUUGUUGCGAUUACAUCGUUUGGUGAGUGUGGAUAGACAGAGAGCGCAUGUGUAAGUAUGGAAACGAGAUCUAGGCUUACACAUCUCUCGGUGUUCGGCGGCAGAUUGUGUCCACUACAAAUAUUGAGUGAAAUUGUUUCGCUUGCUACGGCUGCAAGCGCGCAGAUUUCGUUAUUAUCUACUAUAUACAUUUGUAUAAAAACGAUUCAAUUGUUAUUUACAAGUAUGAAGAAUGUUAGUAAAUAAAAACAACAACAAUAAUAA